AUGACGGCAAAAGUUUACGUUGGGAAUCUGAGUUGGAACACGACGGAUGACUCCUUGAGACAGGCCUUCGGAGAUUUUGGAAAUGUCACUGAUGCCAUCGUAAUGAAGGACCGUGAAACUGGCCGCUCUCGUGGUUUUGGUUUCGUCACCUUCGCUGGCGGUGAAGAAGCUCAGGCAGCCAUCGAUGGGAUGAACGAGCAAGAACUUGACGGUCGCCGGCUUAGGGUCAACCUGGCCAAUGCUAGACCCAGUGGUGGGGGAGGCGGAGGUGGAGGCUACGGUGGGGGUGGAGGUGGUUACGGCGGCGGUGGAGGCUCAUAUGGAGGCGGCGGCGGUCACGGCGGCUACGGUGGCGGAUACAAUGGCGGCGGCGGCGGCGGUUACGGCGGAGGCUACUAA